CUGAAACGUAAAUAAAAAUAUAUAUAUAAAAAAAUAAGCAUUUGCACGGAAACAGCCUGCGCUCACACCACUGGCUCCGAAUUUUAUUCCCGCUCCUGCAUUUUUGUUGCCCGUUUCUGUCGGUCGGAUCGACCGCCCCGCGAUCUCAACAUGCAGAGGGAACGCCGAACAUUGUCCGUACCCACCAUCUCGUAUGAGGAUGUCGACCAGCAACAAGAUCUGGAGAUGGUGCAGCAGCAUGGCUUCCUGGGGACGGCCCCGUCGCCGUCGCCGUCGCCGUCGUCCCUCACUGCGGCUGCUGUUCUUGGUGCGACUUCGGGGUGGCCCCCGCAACCCCAUCCGGGACAAGCCCCGUCGCCGUCUUUUGGCCACAACCAUAUGGCCACUCUUGGGAAACCACAUGUGGCCAGGUCCAGGUCCGCAUCAACCUCGUCGCUGUCGACGCCCACGCCAGGCACGCCGAGUCUCAAAAAGAAGAUCGUUACCGCCUGCCAGCGAUGCAGGACGAGAAAGAUUCGCUGCGAUGGCGCUCUCCCAGCUUGCCGUAGCUGCGUCAAGGCGGGGGUGGAAUGCAUCGAGGUCGACAGGGCCGGCGAUAACAACAUGCCUAGAAGUCAUGUGCUCGAGCUCGAAAACAGGAUCAAGUGGCUUGAAGACAUCGUGAGAGCACAAUGUCCUGAAAUCGAUCUAUCGAUCGGCCCGACAGUGGAGCUCCGCUCGAGGCCAGCACCGCCCGCAAUACGGAUCGUCACGACCGGGCCAGACUUCCAUCAACCUCUUCAGUGCAUGAGCUCUACGUCCUCGCCCGUCUUCGCACUGUCACCGGCAUCGACAUGUGCCACACCGGUGUCGUUCGAGUUCUCGUCUCCCGGUGUAUCCCCGGGAUACCUACAGCCCAUGAGCCCGUUCACCUUCUCCGAGGUGGGACCUUCCCGUGCUCCGUCACCCGCUCCAGCGAGCCCAUUGAUGCUGGCGCAAGAUACUCCGGCACUUCCCCACGAAGUCUGCUUGCUGGCACUGUCAGCGGCGGAGGAGCCGAAAUAUUUUGGAUCCUCAUCGGGGGUCAACUUCGCACGCAUGGUCUUUGCGGACGAUAGAGGGGACUUGCAGGAUGGUGACCUGGAGGGGCUGGAACGACACACACCGGUUCCGAACGUUGAGCCAGCCCCACUGCCGAGCAUGGAGGAAUGCGCGCCGUUUUUCAAGACGUAUUUCGAGAGUGUCCACUUGCAGUACCCGUUUCUUCACCAGCCGACCUUCGAAGCCUGCUUGCAGGCCGUAUGCCAGGCGCGAGGCCACGACGAUGCGGAGGGGUUACCCCCGGGCUUUUCGGCACCGGUGGCUCGAUUCCAAGCAUUCAUCGUCCUCUCGAUCGGAGCACACAUACUGUCGACACGAGCGGGCGGGAAUUUCAACAGCGAAGGCUAUUAUGCCGCGGCAAUGCAGCUAGCCGGUGAUGUUUCGCUGACGGGCAGCCUCCAAGGUGCACAGAAUGCGCUCUUGCUGGCUAUGCACAGCCUGUAUGCAACCGGCGGCCGGAACGUGUGGUAUCUGAAUGCGAUAAUCAUGGCAACUUGCAUCGACCUGGGCCUGCAACGAAAAUUCGAGAUGCCCGGCGACCAGGGUAAGGCGGCUGUCAAGCGUCGCGUGUUCUGGUGUGCGUACUCUCUCGAUCGGAAUCUGGGCAUCGCCCUUGGCAGGCCUUUCUCGCUUCGCGACGAAUCCCUCGAUGUUGAAUUUCCCCAGGAUACAGACAACGACGAGGAACUCGCGAAUCCCUCGCAUUCCCUGGCAAACUCAAAGUCCAUUGGGGCCUCGAGAACCCUCUUCAGCUGCUCGGUAUUCGUUUUUAAAAUAAUGAAGAUCAUCUCGAGCAUCAAGUCCAUGCUGUAUCGAGUUUCACCAUCCACUGGCACUUGGGAUAUCGGGGAGUGGCAGAUAAGAACUUACCAGCAGCUUCUCGACCUCCAGGAGCAGGCUCGGUCUUCCCUCACGGGCAUACGUCGGGGUACCGGUUCUCCGUCACAAGUCGCAGGAACACAACUGGUUGAGCUGAAGGUCCACGAAGCCAUCCAGUUGCUUUUCCGGCCAAGCCCAAUAAUCGUCCACCCGACGUCUUUUGCUCUGGACAAAUGCUUCCACUCGGCAGUCGAAACCGUCAGGAUAUACUUCAGGCCGAAGCGAUACAACGAGACACCGUAUCACCCCUACACCCGUCUGACGGAGAACUCGAUAUUCCUUGCGGGCAUCACGAUGCUUUACAGCCACCGGACCUGCCAGGAAGUCCGCGCAAAAGCGGGGGGCGGGUUUCUGGCGGAGGAGAUCAGGUGUUGCUCGCAGCUCUUGGCCGACCUGUCCCAGCUGUGGCCGACCGCACAGAAAUCAAAGACCAAAUUUGAUUCAUUGGCCCACUCGACGCUGGCGUACUCCUCCGCCACCGCGUCGUCGCGUAUGCUCUCACCUCACGACGGUGCGCGCAGGGCGUCGGGCGGCUCGGUCAGAUCGUUUGCCGAGAGUCAGACACUGGAAGUGCCCUCGUUGACGCCGUCGGUUCCACCGGCAGCACCGCCCUCAUCACCAAUGCCCAACAACGGGUGGUACGGCGCCGAAGUCGGGGUACCCCCCGGCAGUCCCAGUCCAAACCUCUGGGUGACCGAUCCGGGCUGGGAUCUCCAACAAACGACGGAGGACUUCAUGAUCAACGAGAUGGAGGGGAUCCAGCGGGGAACCGAUCUGGACAUACUGGCGAAUCUGAUGAACGAUGAUACGGCCAUGUGGGGGAUGGGUCCCCUGGAACAGCAACAGCAGCAACAGCAACAGCGGUGACUAACCGCCGGUAUUCUGGACGAGUGGCUUGAAGGUUUGGGUCUCCCAACCAAUGGAUUCGACUAGCUAGCUAGCUAUCCCUUCUCGCCACCGCUCGUCGCCGCUGCGAACGGGUCACCAUCACCAUCACAUACCUACACAUUCACUCCGCCUCCACCUUUCUCUCUCUCUCUCUCUCUCCCAUGCGCGCAUGGUUGCAUGGAGAUUGAAGUGGUUACCUACCUUACCUUGCCUGCUUGAUUCUCUCUUGUCGGACCUACCUACCUACCUAGUUGUUUCGUUCGUGUUCAUGUUCAUGUUCGUGUUCGUGUUUGUGUGCGUUUAUACCAUCUCAUUUCGUAUAGUCUCUUCUUCUUUCCUUUUCCUUUAUGUACGAACCCUUUUUUGCGUUGCAUGUGUCCGAAGGAGUAAGAAAGUAGUGGAGGGGGCUGGGGCGAUCAUUUCGGG